CCCGCUAAAAUAUUGGUAGGUACGGGUCGGAUACGGGUCGGGUCGGGUUGCCGAAUGAACUGCAACCUUAGGAAAUGAGAAGGGGGACGAAGGAAAAGGGUUUUUCCGGUGGGUCUUGACUGCAUUUGACCCUACCAAACCACUUCAGUUUCAGAAGGAAAAUCCGAGAAGAUUGUCGAUAGCGAACGAUAUGGAGAGUUCGCAACAAACCACUUCAACGGAACAAGCAGAAGACCAGGUGCGAGAAAGCCAAGAGUGCGAAGAUGAAGAGUUGCGUCAGCUACUGGCGCCGGAUCCUAGCAAUCUUCCUCUCACCCCUCCCUCUGCUGUAGACUCUAAUUUUACCUCUUAUUUUGCUCCAGAUUUUAUGAAGCCAGGGCACGACCAGUACGUUUAUCGCCAUCCCAAUGGAUUGUGCAUAAUUGGUUUGGCUCCUACUCACGUGGCGUUUAAGGAUCAAGGAGGAAUUACGGCCGUUGAUUUCAACGUCGGCAAGUCUGAUCGCAGUGGGUUCAAGGUCACCGGCAAACGCAAGAAGAACGCACAACACUUUGAAUCCAACACAGCCUUGUGUAAAGUUCGCACCAGUUAUGCUUCUUAUAUUGUAAGGUGUUGUGUUAAAGGCUCUCUGUUGGAAGUCAAUGAUAGACUAGUUAAAAACCCAGCCUUGCUUAAUUCAUCGGCUGAUAGAGAAGGUUACAUUGCCAUUAUUAUGCCCAAACCGGCAGAUUGGCUCAAGUUCAAGUCUUCACUCUUGACUCUUGAAGAAUACAAAAAAAUGAGAGAAAAAUGCUGAAUUACAAAUAUGCAUGGGUUCAAGUUGAAUGUUGAAGCAACCAGAAAUGUGAUAAUUUCCUUUUUUUUUUUAUAAAGAAAUAUAAUGAGUUUGCUACCUCAACAAUGUUGAGGCACUUUCGGUUUCAAAUUCACAGGCACUUUCAGAUUAACCUCUAGGGUGAUUACAGUACAAGCUUUGAUUCCAUUAAUUUUAAUUUUGUAACAGCUUAUUAUUAAAGAAUAUUUAUUUUCCCCCA